AUGGCAAAAGAAGAACCAACUGAUCUUGAUUGGAUACAAUUGCGCCGCGAAAUGGGUCCGGCACAACAUGUUGAAACUACCCAAGAAAAAUUUACAAGAAAAUUUCGUGAAAAUCCAUUUGUUCCUAUAGGGUGUCUUGCUACAGCUGGAGCUCUUACGUAUGGUUUAUGGUGUUUCCGUACUGGUAGAACAAAAUUGUCACAGCGAAUGAUGAGACUCAGGAUUGUUGCACAAGGUUUUACAAUAGCAGCUCUUGUUGCUGGUGUUGUAAUGACUACUGGAAAAUCUAAA